UAACCUAAAUGUCUACACUUCUCUGAUGCCUUCUCCAUUUCUGGAACAGUAGAACAAAUUUAAUAUCAGUCAAUUAUUAGUGUACGCCCCCGUCUGCAUCCCCUCGGGUCACUUUUUCGAGCUUUCCGACAGAACUACAAGUUCCAGAACCUGCCGUAAUUAUUGAGGCUCUGCGAUAGCGCCCCUCCCCAACGGGAGAGAAAGAGCGAGCGAGCGAGCGAGCCGUUACGGUGCUCUCUCCUCUCUCGACUGGCAGUCGACCGUCGACGUUCGUAAAUGGCGAUGUACCGAUGUCGAAUGCUCGUAGCGAAUUGGUGAAUCGUCGUACGUGAUGACGGCUCGUCACUGAACCCCGGACGGCGAUGGGCACGCAAAAGCCGGAAGAAUGGGCGAAUUUGCUGAUCACACGUUUCGAGGAACAGUUGCCGUGUCACAGUGGCCCUCAAACCAGCCACUCUCGUAUGAAUGAAGAAAGAAACAAAAAAUGCUUGAUACAAAUUUCUCGUUACCGUUUUUCCCUUGUAAUAUCCAGUCUCACUAAGAUACUCCAAAGUGUUAAUGAAAUGGUACCAUGUAUCGGGGGUCAACGCAUAUUUCAUAGCACAGACCAAGAUCGGCAUUCCUAUGAAUCUAUCGUUAUUGUUUUGGACACUUUGGAAAAGUGUCUUGCGAAUCAACCAAAAGACACGGCUAAAUUUGACGAGACUAUGAACGUAAAGUUUCUGCUUAGAGAGAUAUGCCAAUUCAUAGAUGUACCAAACGAUAGUCUUCAAAAUGCUCAUUUAAAAAAUUUGGCGAGCAAAGUAUUGUUUGCUUUGAGCUUGAACUUCUUCAAUGCUGUAUUCAACAGAAUAUCGGCUACACUCCAGGAACUAGCAAAAUGUGGCGACGAGAAUGCCAAUUACAGCGACAUCGAAUUAAUUCAGCACAUUAACGUGGAUGUUUACAGGCUAACAAAACUUUUAACUGAAACGAUCCAAAAAUUUAAACAGCUCAAAAAAUCAGCGCACAUAGUUCUUAUGAAUUCCUUGGAAAAAGCAAUUUGGAAUUGGAUGGAUACUUAUCCGCAUGAAUUUGCCGAUCUUCAUAAAAAGCCUAACGAAGAUCUUGGAAAAGCAUGCGAAGAAUUAUUCGAUAUUCUCGAUACGUUUGCAGACAAUAAAAAGGGAAGAGCUGCAGCUGUUUGGCCUUUACAAAUUAUGCUUCUUAUACUUUCGCCAAAAGUUUUGGAGGAAAUAGUGAAUGCUGAUUCUGGUGCUCCUUGUUCGCCGAAACAUUCAAAGAAAAAACAAUUUAUCGACAGCGUUAAACGAGGUUUAGGAAUGCAUGGUAGUUCUAGUAAACAACUAGUAGAAGCUGCAGCGGUCACUUGCAUUAAACUUUGUAAAGCAUCAACUUAUAUAAAUAAUCGGGACUCGAACAACGUUAUCUUCACGCUUGUUCAACACGUAAUGAAUGAUUUGAUGGCACUAUUUUUUAAUCCAGUCAAACUAUUUUCUCGUGGUCAGAAUUACGUUGCCCAAGACAUCGACCUAAUGAUAGACUGUUUUGUUAGCUGUUUUCGUAUUAAACCUCACAACAACGAAGUACUUACAGUUUGCUUGAACUUGAGUUUUCCAUCGACAUACCAAUUCGUCUUGGUUAGCUCAUUAUACAAAAUUGUAACUCAACCAAGACUGCAAUGGUGGCCUCAAAUAGAUCUUCUGUAUUCACGUAGUACAGAACUUAGAAAUAUGUUUACUGAUGUUUUAAAUAAAGUCACACAGAGUUACAUAUCACACACACCGUUGCGAAUGAUUCACAGUUUAACCCUCAAAGGUAAAGAACAGAAUAAAUACAGGGAUCGCGGAGAAGAAAUAUCGAGUUAUAGAAAUUUACUCUUGUGGAUGGUGAAACUCAUUCAUGCCGAUCCUAUGUUACUACUGUAUAAUGAAGGAAAAGCUGGUCAUGAAAUACAGAGCUCUACGUUGCAAUUAAUUAAAGGUUUAGUUUCCUUAAUUCAUCAACCAACAAUGCCAGACAUAGCAUACGAAGCAAUGGAAGCAUUAUUAGUAUUGCAUCAUCCAGAUAAAAUAAAAACAUGGAAUCCAGAAGCGCCGAUUCAUACUUUUUGGGAUGUCAGUUCCCAAGUUCUCUUCUCGAUUUCUGAAAAAUUGAUUCAACAUCAAAUUGUUAAUUAUACUUGUAUAUUAAAAUGGAUUAGAGAAAUACUGAUUUGUAGAAAUGCUUUCCUGGCGCAACAUAAAGAUUACGCUAACGUGGGUAGCCAGAUUGCUAUUUGUAAGCAGGCACACAUUACACUAGAGGUUGUGUUGUUCAUGUACUUGUGGAGUAUAAAUAUGGAAGCGGUUUUAGUAUCAAUGUCUUGUUUUACAUUGCUAUGCAAAGAAGCGGAAGUGCGUUGCGGUAGCGAUGAUGUAGCAGUAACUUGUUUACUUCCCAACUAUCAUUUAUACCUUGAAUUGGCGCAACCUUCUACUGUGUUAAUCACUGCCAGCGGGGAAAGUAAGAUAUGUUAUCACGAUCAUAAUCAUGGGCGCGCUGCUUUACAAAAAAGAAUUAUGGCCUUAUUGAGGAAGAUAGAGCAUUGUGUAAACGGUGUACAGCCUGCAUGGGAAGAAACAUUUAAAAAUUGGGAAGUGACUUCUCGACAGUUAGUAAGUUAUCCUAAAUCUAAGACGGAAGAUGGUCAGAUGGAAUUUUAUCGAAGCACAGGAAAGCGUAGAGCAUCGCAUCAAAAUUCCGAACAUGAAUUAGAGGAGCAAAUUAACGAGUGGGCAAACAUGACAGGAUUUCUCUGUGCUCUGGGUGGCGUAUGUUUGCAAAAACGUUAUCCGAAUAGACCAUUAUCAGGCAUGCCUUCGAACCCAGAAUCAAAGAAAAGUUCGACGAAACAGCAGGAGCCUACAUCUUGUUUGUCAAAGCCAAGCCAAGAAGUACAAUGUACGCAGUUUGUUUUCAAUUUAUUGCGCUUACUAAUCUGUAACAAUGAAAAAUUUGGAAAUCAAAUUCAACAACAUGUUAAAGAAUUGGUAGGCCACGAAAUGAGCCCAGCGUUGUAUCCGAUACUCUUCGAUCAGAUCAAAAGCAUAGUCGAAAAAUUCUUUAAUCAAGAAGGACAGGUUAUAGUAAUGGAUGGCAAUACUCAAUUUAUCGAGCAUAUUAUAUUUAUAAUGAAAAAUAUAUUGAAUUCAAAGUCGGAUCAACCUUCUGAAUACCUUGGAAUGACCAGUAUAGAAGGGAUGAUGUUAGCGAUCGUUAGAUAUGUUAGACAUUUGGACAUGACUGUACAUUCUAUACAUAUUAAAACAAAAUUAUGCCAACUCGUCGAAACGAUGAUGAAAAGGCGUGACGAUUUAGCGUUUCGACAAGAAAUGAAGUUCAGGAAUAAACUUGUGGAAUAUUUAACCGACUGGGUGAUGGGUGCCACUCACCAGAUUACUCCAUCGACUAGUGGAGACUUAAUUGUUUACACUCGGGAUUUAGAUCAAGCUUGUAUGGAAGCAGUCGGAGCAUUAUUACGAGGUCUUCCUCUUCAACCCGAAGAGUCUGAUCGUGGCGAUUUAAUGGAAGCAAAAUCUGAAUUAUUUUUAAAAUAUUUUACUCUUUUCAUGAAUUUAUUAAACGAUUGCAAUGAAGCAGCUGCCGAAGAAAAAGAGCUCGUAUCUCAGCAACCGUGUUUAACUAGCGGUAAAUUAUCUACAUUGCGCAAUGCUACCAUACAAGCUAUGAGUAAUCUGCUUAGUGCAAACAUUGACAGUGGCUUGAUGCAUUCGUUAAGUUUAGGCUAUAAUCCAGAUUUACAAACACGAGCAGCAUUCAUGGAAGUUCUCACUAAAAUUCUUCAGCAAGGAACAGAAUUUGAUACACUAGCGGAAACAGUAUUAGCUGAUAGAUUCGAGCAAUUGGUUCAACUCGUUACAAUGAUUAGCGACAAAGGGGAAUUACCUAUUGCAAUGGCUUUAGCCAAUGUUGUGACAACGAAUCAAAUGGACGAAUUGGCACGAGUUUUUGUAACAUUGUUCGAUGCGAAACACUUACUAUCGCCUCUUUUAUGGAAUAUGUUUUAUCGCGAGGUCGAAGUGUCCGAUUGUAUGCAAACACUAUUCCGAGGAAACAGUCUUGGAAGCAAAAUUAUGGCAUUCUGUUUUAAAAUUUAUGGUGCAAGUUAUUUACAAAAUCUGCUCGAACCUUUAAUUACGCCUUUAUUGGAUGAUCCUACGACUGGUUUCGAAGUCGAUAGUGCAAGGAUAGAUACCAAUGAAAAUAUAGAACAAAACGGACGCAAUUUAAUAGCAUUGACUCAAAAAGUAUUCGAUGCUAUAGUAUCGUCAGCUGAUCGAUUUCCACCACAAUUGCGGUCAAUGUGCCAUUGUUUAUAUCAAGUACUCAGUAAAAGAUUUCCACAAUGUCCACAAAAUAAUAUCGGAGCCGUAGGAACUGUAAUAUUUUUGCGAUUCAUCAAUCCAGCUAUUGUUUCACCCCAAGAGAUGGGUAUCGUGAAUGAAUCUGUACCUCCUCAAGUGAAAAGAGGGCUAAUGCUUAUGUCUAAAAUACUUCAAAAUAUCGCAAAUCACGUGGAAUUUAGUAAAGAGCAGCACAUGUUACCCUUCAAUGAUUUUUUACGGGCACACUUUGAAAUUGGAAGAAGAUUUUUCAUACAGAUAGCAUCGGAUUGCGAAACAGUGGAUCAGGCCAGUCAUCCGAUGUCAUUUGUGUCGGAUGCUAACGUUUUAGCAUUACAUAGAUUGCUUUGGAACCAUCAAGAACGAAUCGGUGACUAUCUUAGCAGUAGUAGAGACCAUAAGGCAGUAGGUAGAAGACCUUUUGAUAAAAUGGCCACAUUAUUGGCGUACCUUGGGCCUCCAGAACACAAACCAGUAGAUUCGCAUUUACUAUUUUCUUCAUCCUAUGCUCCAUGGUCAAGCAUCGAUAUGUCUUCAACUAAUUUCGAAGAAAUUAUGGUGAAACAUAAUAUGCACGAAAAAGAAGAAUUCAAGAGUAUCAAGAAUUUAAAUAUUUUCUACCAAGCAGGCACUAGCAAACAAGGAUAUCCAGUGUUUUAUUAUAUUGCCAGACGUUAUAAGAUCGACGACACGAAUGGUGAUUUGUUGAUGUAUCAUGUUAUUCUCACUCUAAAACCGUUUUGUCAUUCCCCGUUUGAAUUAGUUGUCGAUUUUACCCAUAUGUGUUCAGAGAAUCGAUUUAGGACAGAAUUUCUACAGAAAUGGUUUUACGUAUUACCAGAAGUUGCUUACGAAAAGAUUCAUGCUGCAUACAUUUACAAUUGCAACAGUUGGGUAAGAGAAUAUACAAAGUUUCACGAUAGAAUCUUGGCACCAUUGAAAAAUAACAAAAAAGUAGUCUUCCUCGAUGGGCCAGGCCGUUUAAACGACGUAAUUGACGUUGACCAACAAAAAUUGCCUGGCGCUACACUUUCUCUCGACGAAGAUUUAAAGGUGUUUAACAGUGCUCUGAAACUGUCUCACAAAGAAACUAAGGUAUCCGUGAAAGUUGGACCAACUGCUAUACAAAUUACCUCAGCGGAGAGAUGCAAAGUACUGUCGCAUUCGGUUUUUUUAAAUGACGUUUAUUACGCAUCGGAAAUAGAAAAAGUUUGUUUACUAGAUGACAAUCAAUUCACUUUGACCAUUUCUAACGAAACUGGCCCGCUGUCUUUUAUUCAUAACGAUCGUGAUAAUAUCGUUCAAGCUAUAAUUCACAUAAGAAAUCGAUGGGUAUUAUCCCAGCCAGAAUCUGUGUCUGUUCAUCCAAAGAUUAGACCUAAACACGUACCUGGCACGUUAUUGAACAUGGCAUUAUUGAAUCUUGGUAGUUCGGAUCCAAAUUUAAGAACAGCAGCGUAUAAUCAACUAUGCGCAUUAACUGCCACUUUUGAUUUGAAAAUUGAAGGGCAACUCCUGGAAACAUCUGGACUUUGCAUACCUUCGAAUAAUACGAUAUUCAUUAAACACCUAAGCGAAACUUUAGCUGCGAAGGAUCCUCACCUUACGCUCGAGUUUCUAGAGGAAUGUAUACAAGGGUUCAGAUUGUCGAGUAUCGAAUUGAAACACCUCUGUUUAGAAUAUAUGACUCCGUGGUUAAAUAAUCUCGUUCGAUUCUAUAAACCUAACGAUGGAGGAGGUAACCGUCAGAAGCAAGUAACAAAGAUUUUAGAGAAAUUAAUUACGUUAACUAUCGAGGAGGUGGAAAUGUACCCAAGUAUACAAGCCAAGAUAUGGAGCACAAUUGGAAGAUUGCCGGAUUUGAUAGAUACAGUUUUGGAUAAUUUCAUUCAGCGUAGCGUCAGCUUUGGGCUCGGUUCCCCAACGGUUGAAAUAAUGGCUGAUACAGCUGUAGCGUUGGCUUCUGGAAAUGUUCAGUUAGUGGCAAAGAAAGUAAUAGGAAGACUUUGUCGAGUUUUGCAACAUACGAGAUGGGAUGAUAUAGCUAUUCUAGCAAGAUAUUUACUGAUGUUGUCCUUUAAUAAUUGUUUGGACGUAGGAAAACAUCUACCUUAUUUAUUUCACACGGUAACGUUUCUCGUUUGCUCCGGAAGUCUGAGUAUGCGAGCAUCCACCCAUGGUUUGGUUAUCAAUAGCAUUCACUCGCUUUGCACUUGUAGUUCCCCUUCGUUUUCAGAAGAUACUUACCGAAUAUUGCGAAUGAGUCUGGAUGAAUUUUCUCUACCAAAAUUUUAUUUACUUUUUGGUAUUAGUAAAGUAAAGUCUGCUGCGGGUACAGCAUUUAGAUCUAGUUAUAGACAUUCGAACGAGAAAUGGUUUAGUAACGAGCGUAGCGUUACCGGAACGCACGACAAAGAAAGACUCUCGUUAACCAGUUUGGAAAUCAUAACGGAUGCUCUCCUUGAAAUUAUGGAGGCUUGUAUGCGAGACAUUCCGCAAUGCGAUUGGUUGAAAACUUGGACGUCUUUGGCGAAAAAUUUCGCUUUUUGCUUUAACCCAGCUCUUCAGCCAAGAGCUUUGAUCGUUUUCGGUUGUAUCAGUAAAAGUAUAACCGAUCAAGAUAUGAAACAGUUGUUAAAGAUAUUGGUGAAAGCGCUUGAGAGUUUUAACGAUAUUACAUUACUCGAAGCAAUUAUUAUGUGCCUCACUCGACUACAACCAUUACUUAGACCCGAAUCUCCCAUACAUCGAUAUUUAUUUUGGGUCGCAACAUCUGUCCUUCAAUUGGAUGAAGCAUCUUUGUAUGCAUGUGGUUUAGCUCUUCUCGAGCAGAAUUUGCAUACUUUAGAUUCCCAAGGAACUUUUGAUGAUAAGACUUUAGAAAAUGUUAUGAUAUCGACACGUGAGCCUUUAGAAUGGCACUUCAAACAAUUGGAUCAAGCUGUAGGACUCUCGUUCAAAUCCAAUUUUCAUUUUGCAUUGGUUGGACACCUUUUAAAAGGAUACAGGCAUCCCACGCCAACCACUGUAACAAGAACAGCUAGAGUACUCACUAUGUUGUUAGGCAUCACGGCUAAACCAUCUAGGAGAGACAAAUUUGAAGUAACGCCAGAAAGCGUAGCUUACUUAUCUGCAUUGGUAUCCGUAUCCGAAGAAGUGCGAAGUAGAUGUCAUAUUAGGCAUUCGGUUGCCAAAAAUACAGAAUCUGGUAGUACAGACUGUCUUGAUAAUUUGCUUCCACACAAUACAGAUACAGCCAAUGCAACAUCUAGCAAUCCGACUAAUCGUCGACAAAAAUCGUGGGAUCUACUCGAUCAAUCUGCGCUUACUCAAGCUAGACAGCAGAAACAGUAUUCAACGCAUCAGACUGGACGGAUUUUAUUUAAAACGCAGCGAUCUUUUUCUGUACCAACUGCAAAGGAAACGAAAACAACCGAAGAAACAGAACCAAAGAAUCGAAGUGCCAGAGUAAGCGUGAGCAACGAAAACAAUGUAUUACUCGAUCCGGAAGUACUGACAGACUUUUCAACUCAAACUUUAGUUUUAACUGUUUUGGUCACUUUGGUGAAAAAUUCAUCUGACGAAAAUGAACAACGGAUUCUUUACGAAUACCUCGCGGAAGCCUCUGUUGUGUUUCCAAAGGUGUUUCCAGUGAUUCAUAAUUUGCUCGACGCAAAAAUCAAUAGCGUUUUAUGCUCCUGUCAUGAUCAAGGUAUACUAAACUCGGUACAAGCAAUUAUACAGAAUAUGAUAUCAUCCGAGGAUACAAGUCAACAACAAUUACACUAUUUACAAAGCUGUGGGUUUGGAGGAUUAUGGAGGUUUGCAGGUCCUUACACAAACUCCAAUUGCACAGCUAAAAGUGCGCAGUUGUUUGUUAAUUGCUUGGAAGCAAUGAUCAAGACAUGUCUACCAGUUGAUGAAACAGAAGGAUCUAGCAGUAAUGAAACCUCAAUGGAAAAAAGUAAACGAAUGGAAAGUCAUCAGUCCGACGUAACAUCAAAAAGUAAAACUUCCGUUUAUUGGACCGAUCGCACAAGCGCGCAUAAUUCUUCAGACCCAACUGAUGAAACCUGUCGAAGUAGUACGUCUUUUAUUCAUAGAGACCACGUUAUUGAUCGCAGAGGAGAUAUUUCGCUAGAUCCUAUCAACCAAGGAGAAAAUAGUAGUAGUAGUUCACAAGCUUAGCGAUUGGCAUGUGAAUCUAAGAAACAGUGCAGUAAAAAUGGGAGAAAAGGACAAGUUGGUCGGAAAGUGCAACAACAAUUGAGGAAGCGAGCUUUCGUUACUCGGAUCGGGGCUGACCCUCACGUUCGUGGCUUCUCGACGGCUUGCAGAAGACGGGAAUGGAAGUGAGUGAGAGAGAAUGAAAAUGCGCGAGAUAUUUGACAACGGUAUACACCGAUUCAUUUCGCUCGAGGACAAAUGGUUUAGCUUACGUUAAUCCUUUCUCGUUCUCGCGUGAUGGAGGUAUCCGAUACUUGUAUGCGUGGCUGCGCGACGUACUUCGGUGUGCAGAAUCAUUACGCUACUACCGACAAAUUGUAUCGUACAAAUCUUCCAUAAGACCUAACGUGUGGUGCGAUCAACGACAGAAUCGAAUUCGAAGACUUGCCACCAAUUUGCCCUGUUGCGGAGAACUCUGCCCCCUCCUUACUGCCGUGGCUGAUGAUGUGGACGCUGAACGAGAAUAUCGCAUUUAGAUUUAUUUUUAUGAAAUUUAUUUAACGAAAUGGACCUUGUAUAUCGAACUUGGCGAUAUUCGUAAGCGGUAGUAAUAACAACGGCGAUGUUAACGACAAGUAUUAUUUUAUUUUUGAGAAUCGGAAGCGUGAAAUGUUUGGAAUACUUCCCUUUGCGUCGCUUCGCCGGAGACUUUUGUAUCUGUAAGCUUGUCUCUGCUUUUUUCUCUCUUACUGUUUUAUGGCAUAAUCUCUUCAAAAUUAGGCAUUAUUUUGUUCAUUGAUCUUAUAAACUUAAAUUAAAUAAAUGAAUGUUAUGGCUCCGUCACUCGGGCCGAAUGUCGCAACUCGUUACAAAAGAAUUACUCUUUGUUAGGUAUUAAGAUUAUAUACAACGUACUCUGCUGUCCAAAAAUGAACGCGAGUCUAUGCAUAGGCGCUGUCGAAUUUUCUCCUUGUGUCGCGUUAGAUGUAUUUACUUUGGCGGAUGCGAGACAAACGAAUGUAACCUUUGAUUUCUCGUUAGCGAAUGACUUAGUACGUGCCUUAUCGUUUUCGGGCGCUGGCCGCCGGGCAUAUGUAGGUAAUUGCGAGAGGCGAUGGGGAAUGGUAUUUAUAGAAUUCGCAAUUCGUAGGCAACGCGAGAAGGAAACAAUUAGCUGCAAUCGUUUUCUACUUUCAUCGAAACGACCCUCGCCCACUGCGCUGGGCUGUGCGACUCGGUAUUUAGUUUUCACGGUAUUUAG